AUGAGAUCUAUUACAUUGUUGUUGCUUAUUGUUAAUGUUGGCUACUGUUUCUUCGGCUCUACUCCAGAUGAAGGCGAUUACCGGCAUCUGUAUCCUGAGCUUUGCAUAGCUUACAAUGUCAAUUUCGAGGAAAUUUUAUCAUAUUCGUUGGGAUGGCUUGAGAAUUUGAAAUAUCCGAAAGAUCGAACCAAGGUUCUGAUAUUGACAGACGUCAAAGAUACGAUCAAUGAGUAAGUGUAGUAAGGCUAUAUUGAGAUUACUGUAAAAUAUUUGAUGUACUUUUAACGCUGUAAAUGCUAAAAACUCAUUAUGAAAGAGGUACGUCUAUAUUAUUGUAGGUGGAUGUCAGAGUACAAGUCAUUGUAUUCGUAUCUCACGGUAGAAACUAAAGAUGCCAAUUACCUAGAACAGUCAUUGAAGUUCGGUAGAAGAUUGAAGUGUAGUUAUCUGCUGCUGACAACUAGUGACAUUUUCUUGGCCGAGAACUCAGUCAGAGAUUUAAUGGCAUUGAAACAAGUUGUGGUAUCAGGUUUGGUAAAGGAUCCGUUCUCUCUACACUCAAAUGGCAAAGGACUUGUUGACAUCGUUCAUCUCAGUGGGGAGAAGUUGGAGAUGCUGAGGGUAAGUGGAAGUGUUGUAACUACUUUAUUAAGCAAAAUUUUUGGAAAUUGUUUAAGCUUCAGAUAUAACUUGUUAUGAGUAAAAAGACAAGAUUAUAUGUUCUAGGUAUACUACGCAAACUCGCCUCUCCUGAUAAACUUGAAACAUAAAGAUGCGUCGUAUCUUACAUUCGACGAGCAAAACGUUCGCGAUAAUAUAGAAGCCAAGUCUCCAGUAGAAGUGUUUGCCUAUUCAGCGUACAAUAUGGACAUACCCAUAUUCUUGGACAACAGUGUCUUCUAUGGUUAUAUCAUCGACUCAAGGAUGACUAGGAUACAGUUGUUACAGAAGGUAAGGUUAACCUAAUUACUAGGUGUCAUAUCUUUAUAACUACAUGUUUAUAUUUUUUAUUUCUUUAUAUUGUUCUUGUUUGCUUUAUUACGUUUAUAUGUUGCAGUUGGCUUCAUUCAACUACCAAAUGUGGAUCAACAACAACCAGGUGGUAUACUCCAAUGUCAUACCACCCUGGCAGCCAGUAGAACACACUUAUGGGUUCGACAAGAUCUAUGUCAUCAACCUGAAGCGCCGUCCCGAGAGAAAGAAGCGGAUUCAGAAGAGCUUGGCCAUGUUGGGAAUCGAGCACGAUGUAUUCGAAGCAGUAGAUGGUAUGAGUCUGGAUGAAGGUACGAUGAAACAUGUCACUAUUCUGCCAGGAUACCUCGACCCCUUCCACAAACGGCCGUUGAAGAAGGGGGAGAUCGGCUGCUUCUUGAGUCAUUACCGUAUAUGGAAGGAUAUUGUAGAUAAUGGCUACGAGAGAGUGAUCGUAUUCGAGGACGACAUCAAGUUCUCGGAGAACGCUACUACAAUAUUGAGAGAGUUCAUGGAGGACAUCAUCAAGAGACAGACAGAAUGGGACUUUGUCUAUCUAGGCAGGAAGAAGAACGACGCCAAGAACCAGGAGUACUACGUUCCGGGUAAGGGUAAUAUUACUGUAGAUUACGGUAGUAUAAAAAGUGUUUUAAGUGAAUUAUAUUAGUAUUGAUAUUAGUUUUGUCAACUUAUAACUUUGAUUAUUUUCCUUCCAGGCCACAGAUACCUGUCCACGGUGACCUACUCCUACUGGACCUUAGGCUACGCUUUGUCACGAUCUGGAGCCCAGAAGCUUCUGGAUUCGAAGCCUUUGGAGAAGAUGAUAGCACUAGAUGAAUACCUUCCUAUCAUGUAUGACAAUCAUCCAAACCAAGAGUGGAAGAACCACUUCCCAGUCAGGGAUCUGAAGGCUUUUACCGUAUACCCACUAGUCGUACAUCCAGAUAAAUAUCUACAUGAAGCUGGUUACUUAAGCGACACUGAGAACUCUACAGUAAUCUCGUCCAACGAAUCUCACAACACGGGUGCCUUAGGGCUCAACCUUCAUCAUCAAGCUAAAUCUGAACUUUAA